UCGCACAGUCGUGCUGGUAACAGUCAACAGUUUCUCUAAGCCGAGUGGGAAAGAGUUUGCUGCGCCGUGUGCUUUCCGUGUACGGAGUCCAGCUGAAAAACAACUAGAUACCAACCGGGCACAAUGCAGGGUCCAAUUUUGCCAAUGGAGCAGGUCAGUAAUGGCAACCCCUGCCCCGUGGGCUGAGCACUGAGCAUGCUACGUCAGAUUGAAGCCACGCCCAGCACCCAGAAUUUAACAACCGCCACCAUGAGCGACGUCGUGGAGAACCUGGACACCCGUGAACUGGACUUUGAGGAUGAGGAGGAGGUGGACUUUGACGCCAGCUAUGACGGUGACGCUCGGAUCCCGUUCUCCGCAGUAUACAGCACCACAGGCUUCAAGGAGACUGAUGCCCGGGUCUACCUCAGUUCUGCCCCCAUCACAGCCAAAAUCUUGGAUGUGGAGCGUUUCAACUCUGCCCAGGACCGCUUCAACAUCACCACUCAGAGGAGCGUGUCAAAGACGCUCCCGGCCGUCUUCAAGAUCGAGGUGAAGCAUGGGAACUUCACCUGGGUGGUGAAGAGGAAGGAGAAGCACUUCCUGGAACUGCACAGGGAACUCUUGCGCUACAAAACCUUCCUGCGAAUUCCUCUUCCCUCCCGCAGUCAUACAGCGAAGAGGAAGAGCAUAAAGAGGAGUGAAGUGAGGGACAUGCCCAGCCUGCCUCGGGGAGGGGAGGAACUGGUCAGAGUGGAGCAAGUGUCAAGCAGAAAGAAACAACUAGAGGACUACUUGAAUAACCUUUUAAAAAUGCAUCAAUACCGGCAGUAUCAUGCUACAAUGGAGUUCUUAGAUGUGAGCCAACUAUCCUUCAUCCAUGAUUUGGGACCGAAAGGCCUGGAAGGCAUGAUCCACAAACGGUCAGGUGGUCAUCGCAUCCCAGGAAUGAACUGCUGCGGUCACACCCAAGUCUGCUACCGCUGGUCCAAACGGUGGCUGGUAGUCAAAGACUCUUUUCUGCUUUACAUGAAGCCAGACACAGGAGUCAUUUCCUUCGUCAUGCUGCUCGAUAAAGAGUUCACCAUCAAAAUGGACUCCAAAUCCACAGAGACCAAACACGGCAUUCGAAUUGACAGUCUCGCCAGAUCACUUGUGCUGAAGUGCUCCAGUUACCGGCACGCACGGUGGUGGGGGCAAGCCAUCGAGGACUUUGCCCGGAAAAACGGGAAGGCCUUCCUGCGGGAUCACCGCUUUGGUUCCUUUGCCCGUGAACAGGAGAACAUCCCGGCCAAAUGGUAUGUUAAUGGCAAGCAGUACAUGGAGGAUGUUGCGAAUGCUCUCGAAGAAGCCAGAGAGGAGAUCUUCAUCACGGACUGGUGGCUGAGCCCGGAGAUCUUCAUGAAAAGGCCUGUUGUCGAGGGCAACCGCUGGCGCCUGGACUGCAUUCUCAAGCGCAAGGCGCAACAAGGUGUGCAUAUCUAUGUGAUGCUGUACAAGGAGGUGGAGCUGGCCUUGGGAAUCAACAGUGGAUACAGCAAGAGAACGCUAGUGCAUCUUCACCCAAACAUUAAGGUGAUGAGACACCCUGACCACGUCUCCUCCACCGUCUACCUGUGGGCGCACCACGAGAAAAUCAUCGUCAUUGACCAGUCCGUGGCCUUCGUGGGCGGGAUUGAUUUGGCGUACGGCCGAUGGGACGACAGGGAGCAUCGACUGACAGAUGUGGGCAGUGUCACUCGCUCUGUUGCUAUGGAAAGCGAGCAGCAGUCCGGCACGGCGGCCGCCCCGGCCGGAAUGGGACCGUCCUCGACCGACAACGGCGCCGGGGCCAAGGCGAAGACGGGCGGCAGCGACGAUUCUUCGGACCUGCCCAAACUGAAAGGGAUCGGCCGCACCCGCAAGACCCGGUUCAGCCUCUACAAGCACCUGCACCGCCACGGCCUGCACCACGCAGACAGCAUCAGCAGCCUGGACAGCAUCGAGAGCACGGAGAGGGCCGGGGCUAUGCAGAACAUGCAGCCAGGUGGGGGUGAGCUGCUGGGGAACACUCGCUUCUGGCACGGCAAAGACUACUGCAAUUUCGUCUACAAAGACUGGAUUCAGCUGGACAAGCCUUUCGAUGACUUCAUUGACAGAUACACAACCCCCAGAAUGCCCUGGCAUGACAUUGCCUCUGUGGUUCAUGGGAGAGCAGCCAGAGAUGUGGCAAGGCACUUCAUCCAGCGCUGGAACUUCACCAAGAUCAUGAAGCCCAAGUACCGUUCUCUCACUUAUCCAUUCCUCCUGCCCAAAUCCCAUGCCUCGGCCAAUGACCUGAGGUACCAGGUCCCAGACAGUAUCAAUGCCAAAGUUCAGAUUCUGCGCUCCGCAUCAGACUGGUCUGCUGGCAUCAAGUACCACGAAGAGUCCAUCCACAACGCCUACAUCCAAGUGAUCAUCAAAAGCCAGCACUACAUCUACAUUGAGAAUCAGUUUUUCAUAAGCUGUGCCGAUAACAAGCAAGUCAACAACAAAAUUGGAGACGCCAUAAUUGAGAGAAUCAUCAGGGCUCACAGGGAGAAUAAGAAGUACCGGGUGUAUGUGGUGACGCCACUUCUUCCCGGGUUUGAGGGAGACAUCAGUACUGGAGGAGGCAAUGCCAUCCAGGCAGUCAUGCACUUCAACUACAGGACUAUGAUCAGAGGGGAACACUCAAUAAUUUCACAGCUGAAGAAAGAGAUGGACGACCAAUGGAUGAACUACAUCUCCUUUGGGGGCCUCCGUACCCACGCAGACCUGGAGGGCCGACUGGUGACUGAGCUCAUCUAUGUCCACAGCAAGAUGCUGAUUGCCGACGACAACACUGUCAUCAUUGGCUCGGCCAACAUCAACGACCGGAGCAUGCUGGGAAAGAGGGACAGCGAGAUGGCGGUCAUCGUGCAGGACUCUGAGACAGUUACCUCAAUGAUGGAUGGAGAAGAGUACCAGGCAGGGAAGUUUGCACUGCAGCUGAGACUAGAGUGCUUCAAAACCAUUCUUGGUGCCUACUCGGAUCCCACCGUGGAUGUGUCGGACCCCAUCAGCGACCGGUUUUACAAGGAAGUGUGGAUGGCGACAUCUGCUCGAAAUGCAACCAUUUACGAAAGGGUGUUCCGCUGCCUGCCGUCCAGCCUUGUGAGGAACCGACUGGAGCUGGAGGAGUUCAUUUCCAAACCAGGCCUGGACAAAGAGGAUCCUGUCCGAGCCCAGGAGGAACUGAAGAAAAUCCGAGGGUUCCUGGUCCAGUUCCCCCUCUACUUCUUGAGUGAACAGAAUCUCAUGCCUUCUGUAGGGACGAAAGAGGCUAUGGUGCCCACUGAUGUCUGGACCUGAGACUGGUCCAGAAUCACAACCUCGAACCAUUUAUCCUGGAUUGCAAUCACUGUACAAUAGAGAUAAUGAAGAAAAAUUCACCUGUGAAAUCUUAUUGAUAGCUGUAUAGUGCCUUUCCGUUUCAGUUUGGCAAAUCUUACCACAACACAUGCAUAGAAGGCAAAUGUGCUAUCCCACCUGAAGUCCAAAGUUCUGUCUUUUUACCGUACAGUAUAUACAAUUUCCCUAUAUUAUGAACAUCAAGAAGUCUGGGAAGGAAUUUGUUUAGUUGUGUCAGUGGAAGAUGAAAUUAAUCUUUUUCCUCAUAUGGGACAGUAACAAUUGUCAAUCUGUAUUGCUAUUGUACCACUUUGCAGCCAUAUAGCUGUUUUCUACUGGUGUGCUGUAACCUCAAAAAGAAAAAAAGUUUCUUCAAGAAUAUUGAAGACGGUGUAUAAAUUCUAAAUGAUUAUGGAUGCUCCUCUGCAUUCACAAAUCCCGAAUGUGUUUGGGUGCCUGAAGUCAACAGUCACAACAAAGCAUCAAGUACCAUCAAGAAACCAUAUCAGGUGUGAUACCUUGCAGAAGGCAGAUCAGGGCUACCCCCUGGCUUAAAUGAUGAUGUCAUUGAAUGAGCUGCAGAAUGCGAUCUUAUCUGGCUGAUUCACCUUUUGGACAAGACAAAAAGGGUCGCUGAAGCUCAAAUGACUUGCAUUGUUUAGACAGGAAUUUUUCUUGCGGAGAGAGAAAAUGUCUUAUUCUCAGUGAAUGAACUAUAGCACUGGUGAAUUUAAAGAGAUUACAGACUUAAAGCUAAGAAUAAUUCAAACCAAUGUUGUUUAUUAAAGUACGGUUUUUGCCUAGUGAUACUCUUAACUGUCUACGCUGCAGAUGGGUGACUAUGCUGUGACACACAGGGCUGUGUGUUAUGCUGGUGUUUGGACCUACAGUGAUUAUGUAAUGCUGUCCUUCAAUAUCUUAACCCUGUCAUGUCAUGAUUUGUUUUUAACGGGCUGCAUUUUUAUACAAAAAUGUUUUUGAGCAAGUUUUAUUACUGUUAGUAAACACAACAGUAACAUAACAGCGUAUAUUUUUAUAUAAUCAUCUGUACUUUUUAAACUGAGCUUUGUCAUCACAUCAUCCUGGUUAUUGAUGCAGUAGUCAGGACACAUUGAUGUCAGUUCUGUUGCAAUGAACCUUGGAUUCUUUUUCUUUUUUUAUCUUGCUUAGACAAUCUGUGGACUUGUUUGCUUACAGGCAGAAAAAAUACUGGGAUUAAUAAUGUUGUCAAUGUAAAAAGGCUUCAGUAGUUUCAUCAUAUGCUUGUCAUUUCUUGUUCAGGGUUUUAUAACUCUCUUCGACAAGCUGUGUGUGGAUUUCCUGAGGGGGGUAACAUGUAACAUGGGGUAUCAUGAAACAUGCUCUCUUGUCAUAAAAAUAUAUUUCCCAUAUUGCCAUUUGACAGUGAUAUGUUUAAAAAUUUCAGUGUAUGCCUUCUAUGAUUGGCAAGCCAUUGUUUCACAACAUUAUUAUGUUAUGUAAAAUGUUGCCUAUAUUUUCCUCAUACUCACACCUAUUCACGAUUCAGAUACCCUCAGCCAUUUAAUUCUUGUUCUUAACUGUAAACACAUUUUUGGCCCUUGGUAGUAUAUAAACCUCACAGAAUACAUAAUUUUUGUUCUGUCUCGAGAUGGCACCCAAUUCCCCUUCACAACCACGCAGUCAUCCAGCUCUCCGGGAAUCUCGUUCAUGUGAAAACAAAUGUAUUGACAUUUUUCCAACAAAUAAAAUGCCUAUGAUUUAAUAAAUGUUGCCAGCUUGAGGCCAUUGCUAUUAUA